AUGGUAUUUGCAGUCAAUCCAAUUGCAUGUAAACACUUGGUCGAAGAGUUUGAUAGUUGUAUAAAUAUUUCAGUUUUUGAUAAUUCAAACCUUUCAUCGCCACAAUGUAAUGUUUGUAACGAUAAAAGUGAAAAUUGGAUAUGUUUAAGAUGUGGUACAGUAUCAUGCUCAAGACACGUUAAUGGACAUGCAGGUGAACAUUAUGAAUCAACAGGUCACCCCAUAUCAGCCUCAUUUAUUGACCAUAGCUUUUGGUGCUAUACUUGCGAUACAUAUGUAUACGAUAGAUGCCUACACGAAGUCGAGGAUAUUUUAGGUACAAUUAAAUUCUUUUCAAAGAAAGAAAAUGUGGACAAUACAGGCAGCAAUGAAAAGGAUAUUGAGGAAGAUAAGGUUAAUGACGAUAAAACAACAACUACCACAACAACAACAACAACUACUACAACCACAACAACAUCUGAAUCAACAACAACUACCACCACUACACAAACUAUACCACAAAAACCAACACCACCAUUACCAACUUUAGAUGAUUAUGUUGAUAAAAUUAUAAAUAGUGACGAAGAUGAUUCAUCAUCAUCAUCUGAUGAAGAGGUAACCCCAACAUUAGUUCAAAGAAUGAAGGAAAUGUUUUUUGGUAGAAGUAGCGGUAAAACUGAAACAACACCAUCAAGUGGUUUAAAACAACCAACCAUUGAAGAAGUUGCAAACUAUAUAAACUCUGGCAAAUGUAAAAAUAUUAUUGUGAUGACUGGUGCUGGUAUUAGUGUUGCUGCUGGUAUUCCUGACUUUAGAUCACCAAAAACUGGUCUCUAUCAAAAACUUGGACAAUAUAAUUUACCAUACCCAGAAGCAAUUUUUGAAAUCGAUUUUUUCAAAAAUAAUCCAAAGCCAUUUUAUGUUUUAUCAAAAGAAUUAUAUCCAGGAUCAUUUAAUCCAACACCUGUACAUUAUUUUAUUAAAUUAUUAAAUGAUAAAGGUUUACUUUUAAGAAAUUUUACUCAAAAUAUUGAUACAUUGGAGCGUGUAGCUGGAAUUCCUUCCGAAAAAUUAGUUGAAGCACAUGGAUCUUUUGCAUCUUCAAAAUGUGUUACCUGCAGACAAUCCCACACCACAGAAUAUGUGAGAGAAAAGGUAUUUAGUGAUUCAAUCCCAUACUGCAAAGAAACAAUAGAAUGUAAAGGUGUCGUCAAACCUGAUAUUGUAUUUUUUGGUGAAUCAUUACCAUCACGUUUUAACGAGUGUGUUAGAGAGGAUUUCCCUAAAUGCGACCUAUUAAUUGUUAUUGGUACAUCACUCAAAGUUCAACCAUUUGCCUCAUUAAUCAACUUUGCUAAAGAUAUCCCACGUGUAUUAAUUAAUUUCGAAGAAGUUGGUGCCAAUCCUUAUGGAGGUUUUAAAUUCAAUGACCCAUCAAAUAAAAAUGAUGUAAAAUAUAUUGGUGAUUGUCAAGUUUUAAUCGAGCAAUUUAUUAAAUUAUUGGGAUGGGAAAAUGACUUUGAACAAAUUUUAAACCAAUCAAAAAAUAAAAAAUAA